UCAACGGGGAGAGGGACGGGAAAGAGUUAAAACAUUUUCUUUUAUUUUCUGUCUUUCUUUUUUUCUUCGUUGGAAGAAGAUAAAGCGAAAGAAAUUUCUUUAAUGUUUAUUACUCGAGACAGAGACGACAAAGAGCCAAUCGGUCACGUGGGCUCUAUUACAAGGAAAACAAAAAGGAAUGUUCUUGAAAGAGGCGGGUUUAUGCGCGCGCAGCUAACACCACGUGACUAUACGAUUUCACGAAUUCCUUAGUAACGCAAGGGGUCACCAGAGAACGCUGGCGUCGCACGCGUCGCAUAGCCAACAAGUAUCGAGCAUUCAGUACUCCUCCGACCGUCCACGUUGACGCAUCGCGAGGUCAACGGCUAUUCGUCUCUCUUUCUUUCUUUCUUAUUGUACAUGUGUGCACACAGGAUAGAUAGAUAUAUAGAUAUAUACAUCUACAUGUGUGUAUAUAUAUAUAUGUAUAUACAUGUGUAUAUAUAUAUAUGUAUUAACGCGAGUUCUUUCUUUGUGCAAUAGAGUUAACAUUAUACGUUUCUACUAACCGUAUACGUAACAUCGAUCUGUGUGUCUCUCUUUCUCUCUCUCUCUCUCUCUCUCUCUCUCUCUCCUCCUCUCCUUCUCUCUCUCUCCUUCUCGUCUAUUUUUUCAAUCUAUAUCAGUAUUAAAAAUCGACCGAUCAUGGUGAUUAAUAUGAGAUGAUCUCGACACGAACGUUAUUAUUCGAAUGUCGAGGUUAGGUCGAACAUCGUGGUACCGUAUCGAAGAAGAAGACAUUUCGUCCAACGGAUUAAUUAUUUUCCUAUUUUACGUGGACCAGAAUACUUCGCCGUCUAAAUGCGCAUUAAAAUGUCGGAGUUCCCAGUGGAGGGGGGAGAAAACGGGGACAUGCAAGCGGUCAUGGAAAACUUUCAAAAAAAGAACAAUCUGGUCACUGGCCGGACCCAUGUUUCCCAUCAUCCACAAGUUACCACUUCAUCGCAGAUGCUGACGACGAAUCAGAGCCAGAGCAGCAGUAGCAGCAGUAGCUCGAGCAGGGUGGCCAAAUCCUCUCAGAGGAUCCUUACGUCGUCCUCGUCGAGUGAAAUGAAGGCGAGCUCUAUGAAGAGCGAUCUGACCGAAUUAAAACGUGGCAUUUCGGAGAUGAAAAAUAUUUCUACUAAUUUCUCACGAUUACGUAGCAGCAUGGAGAAUCUCGUUGACAGAGACGGAACCGGCGCCGAAGAAAAUGAUUUAACCGAGCCACUGGUAACAUUCCCAGAUCCUGACACACCUCCACCCUCUACGGGAACUGUCACCUUGACAGGAGGUUCGCCUUCUCAGCUGAGUUCUCUUAAUUCAUUGAACAAUCUUCAUAAUAUGAGCCCGCCGAUGAAUAUGCCGAGUAUAACGAAUAUGACGAGUUUACCUGCUGGUCAGGAAACUAUGAAAUUCGAACAGAAGAAAAUGACGAGUGCGUCCAAGACGAAGGUCGUUACCGAUGGAUUUAGUGCUGAAAAGGCAAUAGCCAAUAGUGCUGAAAUGAGAGCAUUACAAGCUGGUGACGUUUCUUAUAAAGAACAAAGUGCCGCGACCGCGGCAAGAGCUCGCGUAGAAUUGGACGGUGUAUCUGCGGAAAAGAGGGUAGCUGCAGCCAGAGAACAGCGAAGCUUGAAGGCUGGAGAUUUAUCGCAUCAAGAGAGCAACAACAUGGCAGCCUCGACUAUGAAGUUACAAAGUGAUUCAUUCAGUUCAGAAAAGAAGGCGAUGGCGGCACAACAACAACGUCAGACAGUAACUUCCUCGGGGAUUUAUAAUCACGAGAAACACAUGGCUUCGAGCUCGCAGUCGAGUAUAACGAUAGCAUCGAAAGGGGUGACAUCAAAAUCAUCGAUGAUUAGUGCAGCUAACGCGGUAAAUCAAUUGAUGAAUGGUAUGAGGCCAGCGGAGGAUGAACUUCUUUCGUUGCCAUUGGACGAUUUGGAUUUGUUAUGUUCCAAGUCAAAUCCGCAGGACGUUGAUCGUGCGAUUGCCAAGUACUGUGGUUUCUUGGAUAGUUUCGUCGAACGUUUGAAGGCCAACGAAGGAAAGAACGGAAAAGCGCCGUUGUUGUUGAACAGGGUUAACGAGAUCAUCAGAAAGGCUUGGGCCGUACCCACUCAUGGCCACGAACUUGGUUAUACAUUAUGUAACACCCUUAGAACGAGAGGUGGUCUAGAUUUGUUGAUGUCGAAUUGCAUUGCGAGCGAUCACGAGUUACAGUUUUCCUCGGCGAGGUUGUUGGAGCAAUGUUUGACCACUGAAAAUCGUGCCCACGUGGUCGAGCAUGGCCUUGAGAAGGUCGUCAACGUGGCUUGUGUAUGCACGAAGAAUGCCAACUCCGUGGAUCAUUCUAGAGUGGGUACCGGUAUCUUGGAACAUUUGUUCAAGCACAGUGAGGGUACCUGUAGCGACGUUAUCAGACUUGGUGGUUUGGACGCGGUCUUGUUCGAGUGUAGAAAGAACGAUGUGGAGACGUUGAGACACUGUGCUGGGGCAUUAGCCAAUUUGUCACUUUACGGUGGUGCUGAAAAUCAAGAAGCUAUGAUCAAGAGGAAGGUACCCAUGUGGCUCUUCCCACUUGCCUUUCAUAACGACGACAAUAUAAAGUAUUACGCUUGCCUAGCGAUCGCAGUUUUAGUAGCCAAUAAAGAAAUCGAGGCGGCCGUUUUAAAAUCCGGUACGCUUGACUUAGUCGAGCCGUUCGUUACAUCACAUAAUCCUUACGAAUUCGCUAAAUCGAAUUUGGCCCAUGCCCAUGGACAAAGUAAAAAUUGGUUGGAGAGAUUAGUACCUGUGUUAAGUUCGAAAAGAGAGGAGGCCAGGAACCUAGCCGCUUUUCACUUUUGCAUGGAAGCUGGUAUCAAGAAACAACAAGGCAAUACCGAGAUAUUCCGUGCGAUAGGAGCGAUCGAACCAUUGAAGAAAGUCGCCAGUUGUCCAAAUGCAAUUGCCUCCAAAUACGCCGCUCAAGCUUUGCGUUUGAUAGGGGAAGAAAUACCACAUAAACUCAGUCAACAGGUACCACUUUGGUCUACGGAAGAUGUUAGAGAAUGGGUAAAACAAAUAGGCUUUGCCGAGUGUGCUACAAAUUUUGUUGAAAGUAGAGUGGACGGUGAUCUUUUGCUACAAUUGACCGAGGAGAAUCUCAAGGAGGACAUUGGUUUGACGAAUGGCAUUAGAAGGAGACGUUUUACGCGGGAAUUACAAAAUUUGAAAAAAAUGGCAGAUUACAGUAGCAGGGAUACUGGAAAUUUAAAUAGUUUUUUACAAUCGAUCGGUCAAGAAUUUUCAAUAUAUACUUAUAGUAUGCUCAACGCUGGCGUUGACAAAGAUUCUAUCAGGAAUCUGUCGGAGGAUCAAUUAUUGACCGAGUGUGGUAUAGCGAAUAGUAUACAUCGACUUAGGAUAUUGGAUGCCAUCAAGAACAUGCAACACAAUCAAUUCAGUUCUUGCGAAGACGAAUCACCGGACAAAUCUUUAGAUGUAUUCGUUAGUUAUAGGAGAUCGAACGGAUCUCAGUUAGCUAGCUUACUCAAGGUUCAUUUGCAGCUACGUGGAUUUUCGGUCUUUAUCGACGUCGAAAGGUUAGAGGCCGGUAAAUUCGAUAAUAAUUUGUUACAAAGUAUAAGACAGGCCAAACACUUCCUCCUUGUGCUCACGCCCAAGGCUUUAGAAAGGUGUAUACAGGACAACGAGUGUAAAGACUGGGUCCAUAGGGAAAUUGUAGCUGCGUUGCAAUCGCAGUGUAACAUUAUUCCCAUCAUAGAUAAUUUUCAAUGGCCUGAACCCGAAGAUCUUCCUGAAGAUAUGCGAACGGUUUGUCACUUUAAUGGCGUACGUUGGAUUCAUGAUUAUCAAGAUGCUUGCGUAGACAAAUUAGAAAGGUUUAUGCGAGGUGAAAUUCCUGUAAGAUCUGAGUUGUCCGGAGGUAUACCAAGAAGUAUAGCAUCCAAGGACGUGACAGCACCUAGUACGCCAGGUAGCACAAAUAUGCGACAAGCACCAAAUUAUCAACGAAUGCAUAGCAAUGAAAGUAGAGGUAGCGACAAGGAUUCAACCGGUGGGCGAGACUGACUAGACGGCCCGCCCACAGCUAUUCCAAACAGAUUUAGAAAAUCGUCGAGUCCGUCCCGUUGGUUAAUGGGUUUGCCACCAACGUCACCUCGAUUAAAAUUUGUCCACACUCAUCCUGGAGGAAGUCCAGUACCUCGCAGACCACCACGACAUCCACCUUCUCCAUCUACACGAUCUAAAUCACUCGAGCUUUUAGAUCAAGAUGAGAAGAAAUCUGUCUUGCCAGUCGUCAAACCUGAACCUGUGCCAAGGCCAAGAUCCAAAAGUUUGGAUGGUCUUUUGGAUGAGGAUGACGUAGUUCCGCACAUAAAGACUGAAGAAUUGGCUAAGGAUAACGAAGAUAAUGAUCAAGAUAACAAAAAUCUAUGCACUAGUUGUAAUGACACAAAUCAAACAGAACAUUGCGAAUGUAUUACUGAUAACAUAAAUGUAUCUUGCAAAACACAACAAUCUGAACUAUCAACUAAUAAGGAAGAAACAAAGGAUGAUAAAAAUCCAUUACCUGUUCCACGUUUAAAAACUAAAGUCUCUAACUCGCAAUUAGAAAUUUCUAAAGUGUCCUCUAAGGAAGAAAAAAAUGAUAAAGCAUCUUCGUCCUCUGAGAGCAACAACGAUAAACAAGAAGACGAUUCAACGUUAUUGCCUAAACAAACAAAUAGAUGUACGAGUAUAGAUAAUGAUGAAGGAGAGUUCGAAUCGUCGUGUUUAAAGGAUGAUCGUGAGGUGACGAAUUCUCAUAAAAGGCAGCAAACCAUCGAGCUUUGUGAUAAUAGUGUAGAACCGAUACAGGAAAGACUAAUGACGAUAGUAAACGAUAAAUCAACGUUGCUCAAAGCAAAGAGCUGUGGCGCGGGAUUAGAUUCUAACGAAAGUGUUUCGUCCAAUGAUUACAAAGCUGAAAUAAAGGAACAAGGCUCGUUGCUAUCAUUGCCGGCAGGAGCAGAGCCAAAGAGAAAAAGAAAUUUCAUGGACAAGUGCGUAAAUAAGGUGCGGUCUUUCAUAAAGAGGUAAAUAAUCGUGACCUUGAAAAUUGUGCACAAGUGAUAUAAAGACUUAUUUUAAAUAAUUUUACAGUAUAUAUUUUUUUUCUUGGUUUUUAUUUUAUUUUUUUUUUUUUCUUCUUCUUUUUUUCUUUUCUCGUUGAGACCACACCGACGUUGUAUAUCUUUAUUCAUAAUUCCAUCAGAACGAUUCUAAUUGUUGAACAAUUUACGUAUGUGUAUAGAGAGUGAGAAAGACGGAGAGAGAGUAUAUUUAGAAAUAAAUAAAACAAAAUAAAAGCAGAAGAAAAAAAAGAUGAAAGAAGAAAAAAUGAUAUACGAAAUUUCCUGUAAAUAUGUUGCUGGUGGAAAUAUGAAUACAUUGAAGAGAUAAUAAAACUUUGUGUAUAAUGACAGACAGCAUGAAAGUAUAAUGUUGUGCCUAAGAUUAAUGUGUCUUCGUAGAAAUCAGAGCGACCACAUAAACGAUUUUUAUCUUUCUUAUUUUGAAGAAACAAAAAUGUUGGUCUGCUUAAUUCAGGUGCCUUUUAUAUUUCAUUAAUGAAUUGUAUUAUAAAACACUUAAAAAUGUAAUUAGAUAAUAUUUUAAUUUGUAAUACUAUUUUCUAUAGACAGUUAUAUCUUUUUUGAUUAUCAACCGUACUCCUAUAACGAGAGCAAUAUUAUAAAUAUAAAGGUUGUUUUAAAUGCAGCUAACUCUGAAAAUAAAGGUGACAAAUUUAACGGUA